AGGCUAAACAGUAACCAGCUACACCUUCUUUCUUCUGCCAUCAGAGAGUACCCCUCGUGCUUGUGGUGAAACGUAUUUCUUGCAAGUCAGUAUCCGAAUCACUCCAACCGGCUAUCCUAAAAAUGGUAUCACUCAACCCUACUAGAAUCUUGAAGCAUGAGGCUGAAGAAGAAAAAGCUGAAAUUGCCCGCUUAUCCAGUUUUGUUGGUGCCAUUGCAAUUGGUGAAUUGGUCAAGAGCACCCUAGGACCCAAAGGCAUGGACAAAAUCCUUGUUGGUUGUGGACGCAAUGAAGGACAAGUUGAAGUAACAAAUGAUGGUGCCACAAUUUUGAGAGCAGUUGGAGUGGACAAUCCUGCAGCUAAAGUCCUUGUCGACAUGUCCAAGACUCAGGAUGAUGAAGUUGGUGAUGGCACAACAUCUGUCACUGUCCUGGCUUCUGAGCUUUUGCGUGAAGCAGAGAAACUCAUUGAGAUGAAGUUCCACCCACAGACCAUUAUUGCUGGAUGGCGCAAAGCCUCCCAGGCUGCUAAAGAAGCUCUUACCAAUGCAGCUAUUGAUAAUGGAAAAGACGAAGUUAAAUUUCGCGAAGAUUUGAUGAACAUUGCGAGGACCACUUUGAGCUCGAAAAUUCUUUCUCAGCACAAAGAGUUCUUUGCCAAGAUUGCUGUUGAUUCCGUCCUACGUUUGAAAGGAUCCGGAAACCUCCAAGCUAUUCAGAUCAUCAAGAAACAAGGAGGUACCCUCACAGAUUCGUUUUUGGACACUGGGUUCCUUCUAGACAAGAAACCCGGAGUCAAUCAACCCAAGAGGGUUGAAAACGCUCGCAUCCUCAUCGCUAAUACGCCCAUGGACACUGACAAGAUCAAGGUUUUUGGCUCUCGCAUCCGCGUCGAUUCCGUUGCUAAAGUUGCCGAACUAGAGCUUGCGGAAAAAGAGAAAAUGAAGGAGAAAAUUGACCUAAUUUUGAAACAUAAUUGCAACGUCUUUGUUAACAGGCAGUUGAUUUACAACUAUCCUGAACAGUUGUUUGCUGAUGCUGGUGUAAUGGCUGUAGAGCAUGCCGAUUUUGAUGGUAUCGAGCGUCUCGCCUUGGUUACUGGAGGAGAAAUCGUGUCUACCUUCGGUCAUCCCGAACUUGUCAAACUUGGUCGCUGUGAUCUCAUCGAGGAGAUCAUGAUCGGAGAAGACAAGCUGUUGCGUUUCUCAGGUGUUCCAUUGGGUGAAGCCUGCACCCUUGUAUUACGUGGUGCAACUCAGCAAAUUCUUGACGAAGCAGAACGUUCAAUUCAUGAUGCUUUGUGUGUUCUCGCGUCAACGGUCAAAGAGACACGUACUGUCUAUGGUGGAGGUUGCAGUGAAGUACUUAUGGCUAUGGCAGUGUAUGCUUUGGCUGCCAAGACUCCGGGUAAAGAAUCGAUGGCGAUGGAGGCUUUCGCCCGCGCCCUUCUUCAGUUGCCCAUCGUAAUUGCUGAUAAUGCGGGUUAUGACUCAGCCCAGCUAGUGUCCGAGCUCCGAGCUGCACAUGCACAGGGCAAAUCUACAUACGGGCUAAAUAUGGACCUCGGAAAAGCUGAUUGCAUGCAGCAGUUAGGCAUAACCGAGUCGUUUGUUGUUAAGCGACAAGUUCUAGUAUCAGCAGCCGAAGCUGCCGAAAUGAUUGUUCGUGUUGAUGAUAUCAUAAAGGCAGCACCUCGCCGUCGUGAACAAGAUAGGAGUCAUUGUUAAAGUUACUCCGUCGAUGCACAGCUUACGCUCUAAUCUGAAUUCGCAUCCAGUUUUUUGUGCCCAAAAGUGGUCCUCACUGAUUUGCUUGAUCCCGCUCUGUUUGCUUCGUCCUCCUGUACUGGUCCUAAUAUCUGCUACAGCUGAUACACUGAACAAUUGCUUAGUAAAA